GAUAGUGACGCCAAAGUUGAGCUGCGGAAAUGUCGCAAGUUGAGCAAUUGCAUCUGAAAUCUCCGCCAGAAACGGCUGCAGCAGGAGCAGGAUCUCCUCAAGCAGCCGCUUCGGUGGCCGUGGCAGCCGAUGCCAACGAAACGGAGCUCAUGGUGAAGGUGGUCAUGGACAUGGGCUAUCCGGAGGGCGAGGCUCGCUUGGCGCUGGCCCAGAGUAACAACAACGUGCAGCGGGCGGUGCAGAUCUUGGUGGAGGGAAUGGAUGACGGCGAGACGCGCAAAAGGCGUGGCAAUCGCAAGCGAUUAAGGCAACUGCGCAGCUCCCUCAUGGGGAAUCCACUUGCCACGGAUGAAGCCAUCAUCGAGAUGAUGCGCGAUCAGAGGAUCGCACAGACGCUCGCCGAGUUGGUGAACGGCAGCAGUGUGCAGGCCAUGGAACUGCUACUGUCCGAGGAAGUGGAUGAGUCCGAGAACGAGCAGCCGGAGGAGCAGGAGCUUGAAACCAGCCAGGAGCAGUCAUCCUCAUCUGCCGAUGACUCUUCGCCUAGCAACUGAAAGGGAAACCAGAUACUAGUUAGUACUGCUUACAUCUUAUAAGUUAAGGUAUAGAUAUAUGAGAAGUUUAGUUUUCAAGUCUACUGUUAAGUUAAAACAAGUUCUUCAUAGUUACGUUUUUAGUUUGCUAUUAUGUUUAAAAAAUGCCCUUAACUUUAUAGUAAGUGUAUAUCAGAGUAAUUAAUGUUGAUAUUAAUCCACCAUGAAGUCUAACGAAGAUUUCCAUGUUAAUUUUGUUAAUUUUGUUUUCAUAUCUAAAAAGUGUCAUCAAUUUAAAAGUAUACUUAUAUUUUAGUUUAUUUUCAAUUGUGGAAUUUCGUGAAUAUUUGCAUUAAAUAUAUUGCUAAGCUGUUAGUG